AUCACACUGGACCUCUCCUUUAUCGUCAUCCUUUGUACCUUCGCCAAAUUUUGUGUUUUUUCUCCAUUUCUGAAAGAAUUUCAGAGGCGCUGUGUGGUUAAAAGCUAAGGUAAACUACUUGUUAAUAGUUAAUUAAAAAUACCGGUGAAAGGUAGAAGAUGAAGCAGUUUGCGAUUCAACAAAACGUGAUCAGAAGCAGGCGUGAGGAGCAGGGAAGCUCCAUUCCGAUGUCAGUUAUGGUUACAGAUCGGGGAGAGACCAUGGUCUGCCCAAAACCACGUCGUUUGCGUUCCUUAAACUCCUCCUUCAACGACCACCCUGUGAGGUCCCUUAGAUGGCAACUUAGUCAUCAAGGGGAGCUUUGUGAUUCAAAACCUGGGAGUGAUGUUUUGGAUAUGAUUCUUACAAAGGAUUUAGCGCUGCCGCCCCCAUUUUUUUGUGGGUCGCCGCCGAGCAGAGCUGCUAACCCAUUAAUACAGGAUGCUCGAUUUGGGGAUGAGAAGACCACCACCCCAUUUCCACUGCUAUCUCCGAUCCCAUCUCCUUUUGGAUUGUCCUCGUCGUCUCCAUCCUCCGGUCCAAGGAAAGGGAGCUGUGUUCGGGCAAAUUUUGGUAACAAACCAGCGGUUAGAAUCGAGGGGUUCGACUGCCUUGACAGGGAUAGCCGAAAUUGCAGCAUUCCUGCGUUGGCUUAGAACCCAUUCCAAUCCACAAAAGAGUAAAUAGGUAACAAGGAAGAGGAGCUUUUACAAAAUACCAGUUUUAAAACCGUGGAAUUUUGAAGUCAUCGGUGAAAAGGAGUCCUUCAAUGUAAAUAUUUUUGGAGGGGUUCUGAGUAUGCAAGUAAAUAGGUUUCUUGAACAAAAUAAGAACAAAGCUGUUUUAGGUGUUUAGAAACCAUCUCGCAAGAUAGAAGAUGGUUGUGUCGAUAGCCAUAUUAUGUGUUGUUUUAUGUAUUUGUAAUUGAAGUGUGUCCGGUCAGGAUGUAGAAAUUUUUAUGUUAGUAUCAAGUGUCUGAGGUCUCCGAAAAUGGAGAGAAAAUUGUAUAAA